AUGGAGCUCAAUAAUCUUGGUCAACCCAUCAAAAAGCAAGACUCAAAGGUGGUAAGGUCUGGUGGCCUGAUAGCGAGAACUAAUAAGUUGGUUCCAAUAAUUUACAAGGAUUGGAGGUCGGUGCCUAAAACCAUAAAGGAGGAAGCGUGGGGCAAGUUUAAAGUUCCUGAUGACAAAUUGGAUGCAUCCAAAAAAUGGAUACUGAAGGACCUGGGGAAGAAAUGGAAAGACUACAAACACGAAUUGAAGAAAAAGUUAAUUCAUGAAAAAGACACCUCUGUAGCACAAGUUGUGGCAAGGGCAAGUCCCGAUAUGGUGGAUUUAUCACAACUAGCAGAGUUGGCCAAUUUUUGGUUCGAUCCAGAAUAUAAGUCAAAAUGUAAUAAAAAUAAGGAGUGUCAUAAGAAGCAGUUGGUUGUUCACAGUGGAGGAUCAAAAAGUUAUGCAAGAUAUGUCCAUGAUGCGAAAAAAUCAACUGGGACAUUGCCAAGUCGAGCCCAGUUGUUUGUCACGACACAUAAGAGAAAGGGCACCCACUACAAUGAUGAGACGAGGAAGAAAGUUGUUGAGAUGGAGGAACUUUUAGCACAGGACAUAAGGCCGAUAGAAAUGGGGUCUGGAGAAACCAUGACUUGGGCAACAGAUGAUGUUUAUUCUAAAGUUAUGGGCCUAGAAUGGCCUGGACGUGUGCGUGGUUUGGGGUUUGGGCCAACUCCUACAAGGCAAACUUGUCAACAUUCAUUACUAACUUCAACGCAAGAAGAUGGUAAAUUAAAGGAAGAGCUUGAUAAAAUGCGGAACGAAUUAACUGAAUUGCGAAAUUUCGUAAACACAUUCGUGCAUGCACAAGUGAGCACCUCACAUAUGUUUAGUUGA